GCCAAAGUUGAAUUAAAGUUGCCGAACGCUCGCAGCUAAAGCUAGUGAAGGAUGGGCAUCCUUCUCUUUUUAGAUGACAGCAAAAGGUCGUCCGAUGAAAGUAUACGACACGCAAAGUGGUGCGCGAAACGCCUGGUAAAGGAUGUCAAAAACUGAGUGCAAAGCAGCCAAAGAGUUGACCAAGGCGAUGGACGAAACAAUGCAGCGGCUGCAAGGAAGAUUCCAGGCCAUUACAGAACAUUUGGAAGAACAAAUAGAUGAGAUGGGAACACGAAUCAGCUUUCUGGAGGAGAGCGUGACGGAGCUCAUGACACAAGCCGACAUGGAUGAGGAACCCAUUUCCGAAGUGGCUGACGUUCUUCCCCAAUAGAUUCAACAUCACAGAGAUCAAAACUAUGGAUGCAGCCAAAUAAGUAUUAUAUGCUAAGCAAUAAUGCACAUCUUCACUACCUCCAUGAAGUACUUAAAAUAUACAUAUUUUUUUGUAAAAGUUGAACCCAGUGUUAUUGUGGAUGUUGAAACUGCUACCUUUGACAUUUGAAAAAAUGCCUUUAUAUUGUUCUGUGAACAGUGAGCAACAACCACGCUGUCACAAGUCGUAUUGAAAAGAAGUUUAGUCGUAUUUCACCUCAAGAAAUCUGUAUCAUUUUUAGUUAUAUUUGAGCUACCUCACACAAUUUGAAUGAAACACAAUCAAAAUGAUUCUUACAAAACAAAUUGGGCAGUAAUUGGCCUUCUAUUUUCCAAUGUGUGUUACGAAUUUGAAUGAGUUUCACCUUUUGAAUGGGACUACGUCUACCAUCCUCUAAUUCAUUGAGACCAAAGAUCUAGCUCAAUUCUAUAUCGAGAAUGAAACGGUAAAAGAAGGAAAACUUUAUCGCCAGAGAUGAAGAAAUAGUAAAUGACAAAAUAAGUCUAUGCAAGUUAAAUAGAUAUAUAUUUUAAUAUUUAUUUUUUUUGGAAAAUGACAUCCUUUCAUGACGUUUUACCAAACUGCCAAGAUGUUCAAAUAAAUUUGCAUUUAAAUA